AUGAACGGCAAGUAUUUAUCAAAGAAAUAUAUAACAAAUUAGUAACUUCAUAAAAGUAAAAUUAAAACUAUUAAACUUUACUGUUUCUAGGUUAUUUAUCUUUGAGUAUUAUUUUUUGUUUAUUCUUAACUGCGUUGGCUGCUAAACCCUUAACUAAGAGAAAUUCUACUGAAAAUGUUCGAUUGCCACCAACAGUAUCUAAUAACAAUAUACCAGACAUAGAUGUUUUUAAUUGGAAACUAUGCAAAGUAUAAAAAUUACAGUAGAAUGUCUAAUGUUUAAAAUUAAUUAAUUUAAUAUAAUAUAGGCUUUGAAUGAUAUCGAGGAAAAUAAUGCAGUUAUAUCUACUGUAAGUGUUAAGCUGGUGUUAUUGGUUCUUUAUGAAGGAGCAUUAGGGAAUACAGCAAAACAGAUUGAAAAUGUUGUCGAUUUCCCUGCAGGUUCUAAAUCAAUUAUCAGAGACCGAUAUUUACAAAAAUUGCAAUCAUUACAAGUAAAUAUUUUAUAUUGAAUACUUAUUAAAUUUAACUGAUCAAUACUUUGCUCAACUAAAUAAAUGUUAAACAAAUUUAAUAUUAUUGUGCUUUAGCUAAUUUAUGUAAAAAUUAAGAUAUCACAUUUAUAUUAUUACAAGACUAAUCAUUAUGUUCAUUCUUUUGUGUUCACUAUAUAGAUUUUAUAAAUAUGGUCUAAGGAAUAUUUUAUAUACCUGUUAUUCGUUGAGGCUUUUAUUGCCACAUAUACAUUUUCGGUGAUCUUUUUUGUGUACAAAUAUAUUAAAGAACAAGAAUUUAUUGUUUGAAAAAUACGAAUGGGUGGCCUUUGAUAUAUUUUAUGGAAUUUUGUUGCUUUCAUUACCAAGAGAAAAUUAAACUGUAAACCUAACAAUAAAAUUUUUAUUCGGCAUACUCAAUUAAAUUUAAUAAAAACUUACAAAACUAAAAUACUAAGAAAUAAAAAUGUUUGUUAUUGUUGUGUAAGGUUAUCUAAGUUCAAUGAUGUUCUAGAAUUGUGGAGGGGCGGACAUGGCAUUGAAUAUUGGGUGCGGCUUUUUUCAUGAGUAUUAAUCUUUUCUCAUGUUCUGAAUUAUGAAAAAUUUGUCUGAAAGAGACCAUGCCACGAAUUAAGAUAAUAUAAUUAGUAGGUUUUGAAUUUUAAUUCAUGCUAUUAAACAGAGAACCCCUGACCUGAUAUUAUAAUAUGAUUAUUGAUUUUCUUGUUUGACAACCCGGAAGUAACUCACCCAACGUUCAAAUUGAUUAGUAUAAUUGAUCAAUAAAAGUAGGACGUGAGAGAUCUUUGAUUCAAUUUCUAUGUUUGAGUUAUUUUUUUAACAUUGAUAAAUUGGUCAACUAUGUAAAUCGAGAGGUUGUUUACGAGAUCUAAUAGAUAUGUUAUUUACAAUGACAUCUUUUGUAGGGACGAAUCACAAUAUCUCUAUAUGCUGACAUUUUAAUAUAGUGUUUAAAAUAAAACCCAUUUCCUAUAGGACUUAGGUACCUACUUGACAUGAAUGUGAAUAUAAUAUGCUUUAUACUUAAAUAAUAAAAUUAGUGGCAUACACUUAUGUGUUUAGAUGUUAUUAAACAAUAUUUAAGCUCAGUUAUUUUAGAUACAGUUUUUAAAAUUAGUUUCCCAAUUACAAUAUAUUAUCCAUUUAUAAAUAUGUUUCAUCAAAAAUAAAUGAAUCCCCUAAACUAUAAUGACGGAUUUGCAUACAAUUAUUCCUAUAUUUUGUUUGCCUAUUGAAUAUUAUAUCAAAAUUGAAAUGGACAUCUAGUUAAAAUUUAAAAGCAAUGUUAACUAGGUGCUUAACAGGUAUUGAUUAAUCAACUUUGCCUAUUGAUUUAAAAUAAUUUUGGCUCUACAUGUUGAUUUAUUGUUGGUAGGUACCAAAUUAUAUUUAAUUAUUUUAAGUAUUUACAUUUUUAACUAGAGUCAUAAACAUAAUUACGAAUUGGAUAUUGGCACAAAAUUAUUUAUGGAUAAACAAUUAGUCCCAGAAAAUGAAUUUCUAAAAACUAUUAAUCAAUGGUAUAACGCAAGUUAUGAGGAAGUUGACUUUAAUAAGCCAAUAGAUGCUGUGAAUGUAAUAAAUCAAUGGGCAGAAAAUAUUACUCAUGGGCGUAUUCAACAUUUAAUAACUGAAGGUUAGUAACAAUAUUUAUGACAUAUAAGAUUAAUUUAAUGUUGGAAAUUUACUUUUUGGGCAUAAUGAAAUAAUAUAAUAUUGUCUAAUAAUUUUAAAAUAUUGUUUUCAAUAAAUUAUCACUUCAUUAUAAUAAAAUAAAUUGGUUUGUUGUUUUCAAUCUUAAAAGUAGAAACAUCAUUAAUAUAUAUUGUGGUAUAUUUACAACUGGCAUAUAAUAUAUAAAUCCCCGCCAUUGAACACUUAAAUUUUUUUAAAUAUGAUUUCUGCCGUAUCUACCGUUACCAGUACUAUUAGCACUACCUGUUUUGUAAAUUGUAUGUAUUUAUAGUAUUAAAAAAUACAGAUCGAUUUGUUUAUGCCAAGUUCACAAAAACAUCACCACUCACUGGUUUUUCCGUUCAUGUGUGGACCCGGAAUCUGGCUAAUUAUCGGAAUACAGUCUGUAAAUAUAAUGACUAUAGACAUGUACUCCAGUUGAAGGUCUCAUAUUAUUGAUUAAUAUUUCUAUUGAAGGUACAAUACUUUGAUGUUUAUUUCCAUUAUUUGUUUGCAGAAAAUGAGUGGGGAAACAGUUAUUUUUCUCCACGGGAUGAAAUGUUUUCCAAUGUACCUUUAUUCCCACCCGUGAUAAUCUUUUAAAAUAUUAAAUAUGCUAUAGGCACUGGCGGUUAUAAAUUAACUUUAAAUAUCAAGUACACCUACUUAUACGUCUUAUAGAUAGAUAACUCAGGGGCGUUAUUUCAGUUUUUCAAUAGAGAUGCAAACAUUUGGAUCAGAUCGAUAUCACUCCUACAGACCAUGUAUACAUGGUAUACAUACUUGUACAUGUAUAUUUAUCCUGUUUACUUUGCGGAACUCAAAAAUAUUUCUCUUAAAACAAAAUUAAGAAAUUAAAAUUCUGUACCUAUACUUCUAUUUUUUGUAAAUUUGUUGACAUUACAACUAUAACAUUAUAACAGCUAUGUUAACAAUUAAUCGCCUAUCAUGUCUCACUUUCACAACUCGGGUCUUAGACAAUUGGACACCAAUUUUUGUCAAUAACAUAAUUAUUAUAGGUACUCGUCAUCUACAUACUAUAUAAGUAUAAAACCCGUGGUCCGUCCAAUAUGUCUGUAAUGCUUUGCGCUAUGGGGGGAAAAUCUCGGUUCAAAAUAUUAUGCUUGUUUUCAAUUGAAUUUAUGACGAUUCUAUCUAUUUUCUAUAAUUUCGAGCCGGUGAAAAUCGCUUAUUCGGCGCUGAUUGGAUUACUACAAAUCAAAUAAAUAAUAUUACGGUGUAGCUGAAUUAGUUUCCGUUUUUGAAAAAAAGGUAUUUUAGCCAUAGACGGAGAUUGGAAUCAUCCAAAGCACCUCUUAAUUGUGAAAAAAUGAAUAAAUAAUUAUUUUAGUCCCCCUCUCUCUCUCUUAAAAUGACCUUUUAUCAUAUAGUUUAUUACGUUUUUAUGUGUUGUAACAAACUGGUAUGCAGGUAUUAUCAUAUACAAGUGAUGAUUCAAUUAUACAAUGUUAUUUUUACUUUUGACAUAUAACCACUGUUAUAAAAAUUGUUUUUAAAAUAUCUUAAAUAUUUUUCAUAAUAAUUGGGAAUAAUCAAAAAAGACGAAAAACACGAUUAUUAUUAUUUCAAAUUUGUAUAGCUAAUGUCUACUACUAAAAAUAUUGCUUCAAUAGAAAAACAACAAGAGAUAUUUUUUGUUCAAUUUUUAAUCUAGUUGGUGAUGAAGAAAGUCGUUUUUUAUUUUCUUUGUAGUUUUUUUAACAAUUGAGCAAUAUUUUUGAAUUUUUUUUAAAUAUUUAAAUGUAGUGAUUUUUAUACGUAAUUUUUUUUGGCAAGUACUUUAUAGAUCAAAUUGUUAGACUAAAUAGAAGUACUUUAAAAUUUAAUAGAAUGUUCAUUAUAAGUCGUACUUAGUGGUAAAAAAUUAUUGAGUGUACGUACCUAAUGUAAUAUUUUUUUAAUUUAAUUUUUUUUUUUUAUCAAAUUUUGACGAAAAUUGUAACCAUUAUGAACUUUCAAUAUAUAUACCUUUACUUUACUUCAUUAUUUCUUGUUAUCAAUAGUUUAUCUUUGGUUACAGGUAUAAAUUAAAUACAUAACUUAAUGUAUUUCAUGCAUUGAUUUUACUAUGAUGUGUUUUUUUUUAUAUCUGUUAAAAACUUUUCUACAAGAAUUCUUGCUUGGAUUUUGAAGUGACACAUUUUAUUUAUAAAACCUAACUUUAUCUAAAUAAUAUAUUCUGAAGUACCGAAAAGUGUAGGAAAACUUGAAAAUGUUGGCAAUAAUGAAUAUAAAACUGCCUAAUGGGUGAAAAAAUUACAAAAAAAAAAUUCGUUACUUAAUACAUAAAUUGUGGGGUUUAAGUUAAAAAUAAUGUUGAAACUUAAACAACACUUAAAGAGAAGAAUAUUCUCGAGGAGGAUGUACAUAUUUUUUUGGUCAUAAAAAAAAAAUUAUAGCUUUAUUUUUUUUAAUUUUUUUUUUUUAAAUAGUUAUAACUUUUUUUUGAAAAAAGAUACUUAACAACCCUUAGAAAUAUUAUUUUCUGUACAUUUACUUACUUGAUGUUAAAAUCUAAAUUCAACCCGAAUGCCACAAUUUGUGUUCUAAGUAAUAUUACUUUGCUAUGUUGCACGUUAAUUAGACAGAGUCACACAUGCAUGUAUUACAUCCUCUAAAGAUCAAAUUAUGACGGAAAUCUUAAAAAUUUAAAUACAAAACGAUUAAAAAAAAACUAAUAUAUUACACAGUUUUUUUGAACAAUAAAUACCUACAAUUUAUUACAAACAUCGUGUUAAGUUUUAAAACACAGUAUUAUACAAAACCAAAAAAAUAAACAAUUUUAAUUACCUGUAAAUGAUAGCUUAUAAAUUGUUAGAAUGUUUUUGGCAAUUUUAUCACGUUUAUAAAGGAUUAAAGUGUUUCAAGUCUUAUAAUUAUUUUUCUCGAAAUUACAAAAAUACUUGUCCUAGAAUAAUGGGGACCGGUGCAGUCACUGUUACAGGUGAAAAGUUAGGAAGAUAGUAGAGGGGAAAUCUGUAAUCAACAAUUCUAUAAUACACCAUUAUUUUUAAUGAAAAAAAAGAUUCUGAGCGAAAUUUGGUUAAUAAUGUUGCUUUGACAAAACAAUAAAUAUGUCAUAUGGUGGUUAAAUAAUUGCAUAUGCAUUAUAUAUAUUUAUUUAAUAUUGUAUCUAUUUUCCUGUUUUUCCUACAUUAUUCCUAGUUAUUGGAAAAUCAAAAAAUAACCUCCUUAAGGUACUUCUCUAGUCAGAUUUUCUUUUAGAAAAGGUGCUAUCAUUGUAAAUUGGAGCAAAAUUGCUGGUAGAAAAGAUGUUAAAAGAAAAAAAAAAAUAAAUAAACAUUGUAAAAUCAAUACAUUCCUCGCUUCAGUCUAAUGAAUCUAAAAAUAUAAAUAAAUUCUAAAACAACGGAGAAAACAUUAUUACUUACAUUUUCCUGUUUUUUUUUUAAUCUUUUGUCGAUUCUUCUCUCUAAUGCACAAAUUAAAUUUUCUUUCUGAAAAACUGAUACACUUGAUAAUCGGAGCAAGAUUCACAGUAGAAAAGUGGUUUGAUGACAGAAGAAAAGAAGAAAUAUAUAGGUAGAUGGAGUAUUUGUUUUAAUACAUUUUCGUGCGCAAAUUUUUAAUUUCCAUUUAACCCGUUAAUGAGUUAUUCCACUUUUAUGUUUGCUGUUUUAUUUGUAGGUGAAAAUGGGAGAGUUGUAGUGCACUAUUUAAACACUGCACACCGUGUUGCUACACAAAUAAUAAUUAUGUUACAUUUGCAUACCCCAACACUACAUAUUAUAACAUAAAUAGUAUAAUGAUUAUUGUUGUUUGUUUAUAAUUAUCAAUUUUAUAUUUUAAUGUCUAUUUUAGCUGAAACUAAAGAAAAUACAGUUCUUCUUUUAUUGAAUGCUGUAUAUUUUAAAGGCUAUUGGGCAAAUCCAUUUAAUGCAAAUCUUACUAAAAAAGGAUCAUUUAAUCUAAAUUCAAAAACUGUUGUUGAAGUUCCAUUAAUGACUAUUUUUGACAGUUUUCAAUUAUCUACUAUAGAAUCACUUAAUGCUCGAAUAAUUAGCUUACCAUAUGAGGUAAAAUAAAAGUAUAUAAUUAUUGUUUUAUAUUUAUUGUAUGUGUAUCUAGUUGUCAUUAUUAGAGUGUGUUGAUUUUAAUCUAAUUAUCUAACUGAUAUUAUAGGGGAACAAAUUUGUUAUGUAUAUUAUAUUGCCAGAUUCUAAGGAUGGCUUAAAUGAUUUGAUCAAUAAAAUAAAACCAUCAUUGUUGGGUGAGUCAAUAAAAAAUAUGAAGACACUUUCAACAAGAGUUGUACUACCGAAAUUUAGUUUUGAAUAUACAUCAAUUCUUGGACCAAUAUUACAAAAGGUUGUUAUUUUUUAUUAAUACAUUUGUUUACAUAUAAUUUUCAAUAUAGCUGCUUUCCCCCUUAAUAAUUGCUGUAAUACUUUCGCCUUAUACCUCUAUAAAUCCUAAACUUCUGGACAUCUUUAUUAUUCUUAAAAAUUAGUACUAUUUAGUUAAACAAAUGUUUAUUCCUAUUAUCUCGCUAUUUUUACUCACUCAUUGUCUAUUUAAAAAGCAUUAGAGUAACUAUUAAAUUUUAUUUUUUCUCAAUACUUUCCAAAACUUCACAGAUAUUUUGUCUGGUCCUAUUGUUUUCUUGUACUUCAUUUUACACUUUAUCACAUUUCCUACUUCAUCCUCAUUUAUUUUAUUUACCAAUUGAUUUUUCUUCGCCUACUGUUUCUUGGCAAUUACCAGAAAGAAUCUUAUAAAUAAUAAUAAAUCAAUUAACCAAAGUUAAACUCUGUUUUUUCUUUACCUUUGAUAGUAGUAUCUAUGUAAUCUAAAUUAAAACUGUAAUUUUGAACUAAUUGAUUUUUCACCAAUAGUUAGGAAUGACUGAUAUGUUUGGAACAAAAGCAAAUUUAACAAACAUAGGAAAAGGUCCAUAUGGUAGUCUCAAGGUAUCAAAUGUACUUCAAAAAGCUGGAAUUGAAGUAAAUGAGCAAGGAAGUAUUGCACAUGCUGUGACGGGUUCGUUUUAAUUACAUUUUAUUUUCAAGUGGCUAACACAGAAUUAAAAUAAGAUAAUAUACCAUUUAUUUUUAAUAAUUAUUAUUUGUUAAAUCUUUAUUAGUUAUUCAUUUGAAAUAACUUAUCUCAUAAUUUUCAUGAAAGAGAUGUAAACCCCCACUAUCCUUCAUUGUUAUUUUACAAUACAAGAAUUAAACCUAUCAUAUUUUUAUGUUAAUUAAUUAAUUUUGUUAAUUCAAUUGUAGAAGUUGAUCUAGAUCAUCGAUUUGGCACAUCAGUUGAAGCUGUUUUUGAAGUCAAUAGACCAUUUUUAUUUGUGAUUGAAGAUAUUUCCAUGCAUACCAUAAUAUUUGUCGGAAAAGUAACAAAUCCACUUUCACGAGGCUCAACAGUAGUUUCUAUACCAUUGAUUAAUACUUCAAAUUCAACCACAAUAAAACGUAAUUGUACAAUAUUUAAUAUUCUUACAGAAUCACUAGAAUAGUCAGUGGUUUAUUGAAAAUAAAUUAUGACAAAAUGAGAAAGAAGAUUAAAAUAGAAUGAUAAUCUCCGUUAUUGAAAUAAUAAUCGUAUUAUGCAUUUAUAAAACAGACUGUAACCUGUUGAAUGAUGAUAAUAUAAUAAUAUUUAUUAAUAAAUAUUUUAAACUGAGGGGAAUAGAGGUUCGAUUUUAGAAUAUUCUUGGUCACAAGGUACAACAAUUAGGUCUUUGAUGUAUAACUUCUAUUAAAUAAACAAAAUCUAAAAACUGCUAGAUCUCUAUUUUUUAAUGUAUUUAUAUUUUAUUAUUUUAGCUGUUGUGGAAAAUAAUGAUGUAAGAAUUAAUCUGGUUCAAGAUACAUUUCCAUCGUCAUUUUCCUAUUUUGAUUAUGAUUUAUUUCAAGUAAAUAUUUACUAAUAUUAAUUUUAUUUAAGUGUUUUUAAUGAAAAUUUAAAAUAAAUAUUCUCAAUAUGUACAUUAUUAUGAAUAAUAUGUAUUUAUGUUUUUUUUACAUAGGAACUUAGUGCUGUUCAUCUAGAUACAAAUUUUGUGGUUUCACCAGCUAGUGUAAAAAGCAUUUUAUCAUUAUUAUUGGAAGGUGCCCGUGAAGAAACUUUAAAACAAUUAAAACGUUUAUUGCGUUUACCAAAUGAUCAAUCUGAAUUACAUAAUUUAUUACGUUCAAAUCAACUUUCAAUGAAGAGCAACAUAGUUGAAUUAGUAGUGGUUAAUAAUGUUUUUGUUAAGAAUAAGAACAGUUUAUCUAUUAAUUUCAAGGAUAUUGCAAUUGAUUUGUAUUCUGCAAAAAUAUCUGAAAUUGAUUUUGCAAAUAUUGAUGCAUCAGUAAAAAUGAUCAAUGAACAGGUUUCCUCUGAUACAAAAGGACUAAUUAACAAUAUAAUUUCUAAAGGUGCAUAAGAAUUAAGUUAAAGUAUUAAAAAUUAAGUUUUGUUCACUUAUUUUAAUAGUUAUCUAUGUAAAAAAAAAAAAAAAAAAUACUUUUUACUUGUUAAUUAAAUACAAUAUAUUUAAUAUAUUAAUAUAAUUAAUAAAGCACUAUUUGAGAAUUGUAUAUAGUACACAUAUAAUAAAUUAAAAGAAUGUUACAGAUGAUUUCGAUGGAAAUACUGAACUUUUAUUGGCAAAUGUGCUUUAUUUCAAUGGUGAUUGGUUAGUGGAAUUCAAUAUAAGUAAUACUAAAAAUGCAUGUUUUUACUCAAAACCUAAUACAUGUACAGAAGUCAAUAUGAUGAAUUUACGGGACAAAAUAAAAUAUGGGUAUAUAUCAGAUAUGAAUUCUCAUGCCAUUGAACUACCUUACAAGGUAAUUUAUUUAUUAAUAAGAAACAGGCUUGUGCCCAACAAAUAAAAAAAAAAAUUGAAGAUUUAUAAAUAAUAAGCAAGGCCUAUAAUUAUGUAUAAAGGAGUAAAAAUAAUAAUUUUCACGGUGAAAAACAAAGAAAUUGAAAAACUUAUUUUUCCAAUAAUUCUAUUGUUGGAGAUACCAUUUGUUUCAUUAGGAGGGUGGAAAAAGAUUUCUGGUAGUAAAGUUGUUAUAAACUCAAAAAACAAGUAUAAAACUGAUCAGUAAUCAAUAAUAUUCGGAAAAUAAAAAUAAAAUACUUAUAUACAUACACCUAAAAUAUAUUUUAUUAUAUACAUUCUAAUUCUACAUUUAUUUUACAGGAUACUAAUAUGUCUAUGAUUGUAUUAUUACCUGAUGAACAAAUUCCAUUUACACAUUUUUUAAAAGACUUAAAACACAAUUCUUUACCUACAAUAAUAAAUUCAUUGCAACCAAGAAAUGUGGAUUUGCAAUUGCCACGAUUUACUAUGAGCUAUUCUACAAAAUUGUCAACUGUCCUUAAAAAGGUAAAAAUAAUACUUUUAAUAAAUAACAAGUUGUGUUAAUUAUUGUAUAAUGAUAUACAGUAUUGUAUUUCCAUCAUGUGUGGCAUAACCUACAAAACAGUAAUUAUUCUUUGUGACAAAUUUUAAAUAAUCCUUAAAUUAAGUAGGUGCUCACCUUAUAAAACAACGGAUGUUUUCAUACCGGUGUUUAAAAAUAAUUGUAGUUUAACACUAGUUGUAAAUAUGUUUUGUAUGAAAUCUGUAAAUAUAUUUAAAGUUAAUUAUAUUUAGAUGGGAUUAACAACAAUAUUUGAUGAGAACGCAAAUCUAUCAUCAAUAUUUAAUCCUAUUAAAAAAGUGCACGUUAAGGACGUCACACAUAAAGUUAUAAUCGAAGUUGAUGAAAAGGGCUCUAAAGCUGGUGCAGUUACAGGUAUUUUAACAAUUAGUUUCUAUUAAUACAUUUUUACUUAUUUAUUUUUAUUUCAUUUUAAUUUCAUAUAAUGAAUAUUGGGUCCUACUGAGAACACUGGUGUGGAGGCUCAAUAGUUUUUACAGUGUUAUAAAUUAAAUAUAUAUGGUUACAAUUAAAUACAAGCUAAGACAUAGAUCAUGAAAAAAUAGGUGGAAUAUGUAUUAGAAUUAAUGCAUAUUUGAUAAAGGCCAUUACUAUAAUAAUGACCUUAAUAUCAUGUAUUUGUGACAUACAUCUGUAGGAGGACUGGAAAACUAAUAUUACUUAUGAGAUGACUAUUUUCAAAAUAUUCUGUAUUGAAAUAUUAAUUAUAACAUACAAUAUAAUAUAUUCCAAUAUAUUAGUUUGAUGAGCAUAUUUAUACAUGAUUUAAUCAGUUCGGUUUUUACCUAUAUAUAAAAUAUUUUUUUUUAUUAUUAUAUUGAACUUUUUUUUUUGAAUAUGUUCAUUAACAACUCAGUGAAUAUUUAGCCAAUAAAAAAUUGAUAUGUUUAUUUUUUUAAUAUUUCAUAGGUAUGACCUAAUUAUAUAUUGUGGAUAUAAAUCUCAUUUUAAUAUACGCAAAUUUCGAGUUAUUGUUGUAAAGUUACAAUUGUAUUACUAUAAUAACAUAUAAUUAACAUAUUUUAUAAAUAUUUAAAUUACGGUAAAAAUCAAGUAGUCAAUUUAAAGCACUGUAUUAAAUGUUUGGCUGAUCAAAUCAUGUUUAAUAUUGUUAUUUAUAUUUUUUUUAAGCAAUUAUGUAUUAAUAAAAUAAUUAUAUUUUGCAGUUCUUAAUGUUGUAACUCUGAGUAGUUUUUCAACACCUCAAUCACCAACGGUGCCUGUAAAUAUAAAUCGGCCUUUUGUAUUUUAUAUAAUUAACCGUUUAACCAAAACUGCACUAUUCAGUGGCCAAGUACAAAAUUUAAAUCCUUCUACUGAACAAAAUAAUUUGAUGAACCCACUGCAAGAAACUGUCUUUAGAAUACCAUUCGUUCAAACUAAUACAAUAAGUUCUCCGUCUAUUGCAUUGAAACAAACACAAGAGUAUCAACAACCAGUACCCACAGAUUCAAAAAGUGUUGUCUACCCAAUUAAUACAAUUCAAAAUAAUUAA